ACGCGUGCGUCUCUUUGUCUGUCUUCCUGCUGUGUGGCUGUCAUUACAGCCCAUUGUCUGUUUUUCAGAGGACCCGGUGCAGCUGCGAGGCUUCGGUCUGACGCUGUUGUUGCCUCGUCUCCCCUUUCCCCUCACUGGUCGUGGCCCCUUUUUUGCCUUGAGGCGAUGUUGCCGUUUGUUCCCUCGUAGAUUGGUGGUUGUUGUUGUUGUUGUUUUUGUUGUUGUCUGCAAGCUAUGGCCGCCAGCCCUGAGUCAGUGUGCUAUCUUUGUCGGAGCAAGAUGCACAGACUAAGGGAAGAUGAAAAUGAAAAGAAAACCCAUGCAACCUGAAUCAAAAUAUUCCACAGAAGAUCAUUUUAAAGUACAUGUUUUUUACUAAACAAAAAGCAAAGCCCCAGAUUUCCGGUCGAUGUUCAGUGACUGGUUGUCGUUGGCCAAGAGGGCCUUUUUGUCCCCCCGGGUCGGUUUGUUGGCUGACCCACGAGAGAAUUAUCAAGUCAAUACAUGGCACCAGGUGUGUGUGUGUGUGUGUGGCGAGCCGUCGGAGGAAGAGUCCGUCUGCUCGUAUCCGCACACGCGGCCCUCCAUCACGCGCCGUGCCACCGCGCUCCGUAAACACUGACAUCGACUGUGACUUUUGGCCAUUACAUAAGGAACAUGGAUUUCCAGCCGUCCACGGUUUGGAAAGCGAGGACGACCCGGCGAGCUCGCCAGGGAGCUCCGCCCCGGCGGUCGGUGUUGACGCGCGGACCCCAGCACUGCGCAUCAGCCAGCUGGAUGCCCUCGAGCUGGACUCGUCCCUAGAGCAGCUGGUCUGGACCCAGUUCUCCCAGUGCUUCCACUACUGCCGCCCGGGCCUGCUCACGCCGCUGGAGCCCGAGCUGAAGGCUCUGCUCCAUUUGCUCCUGUGGAGGUUCACACUUUAUUCCAGCAGUGCCACUGUGGGCCAGUCUCUACUGAGUCUCCGCUACCACAGCACCCGUCCCCCGUCCCCCAGCUACAGACCCCUGUCCCGCGGGCAGAAGCUGGGUCUGGCCUUGCUCACCGCGGGGCCCCGCUGGCUCGGGGAGCGCUCCCACAGCCUGCUGCGGUGCCUGAGCUCCGGAGGGCCCGCGUCCGAAACAGACGGCGGUUUACUGCGCAGUUGCCUGGCCCUUGUUUCUGGCGCCGCGCAGCUCGCGACUCUCGUCAACUUCCUGGCGUUCCUGAGAAAAGGUCGGCACCCCGCGCUGGCCGAGAGGAUCGCGGGAGCCCGGGCGGUCUUCAGCAAGCCCGACGUGGCGCGGGACGUGACCUACCAGUACAUGAACCGCGAGCUGCUGUGGCACGGCUUCGCCGAGUUCCUCAUCUUCCUGUUGCCGCUGAUCGACACAAGGAGGCUGAAGGCAGCCGUGUUCUCGGUCGUUGUGGGGAAGGGGGGCGGCGACGGCGGCGGGGCGACCGACGGGCCGGGCGUUUGGAGGGAGUGCGGACUGUGCGGAGAGUGGCCCACCAUGCCGCACGCAGUGGGCUGCCAACACGUGUUCUGCUACUACUGCAUCAAAAGCCACAGCAUUGCAGACGCUUGCCUCGCAUGCCCCAGGUGUGGUGCGAAGGCAGGGCGGCCGGAGCCGGUCAAGGUGGAGGUGGAGAUGCUUGGCAGAAGAUGAUUUAAAAGAAGCUGUCAUGAGUUUAUUUAGUCAUUUUAGAAUUAAUUAAAAUUCUCACGUAAGAAUAUUUUGUAGAGACAGGAGUAUAUCAGAACAUGAAAAUAAAUGGGGAUUGAUAGUCAUAUAUUCGCGAAGGUAGUCGUGUGUGUGAGUUUAUGACUGGACUUCAGUCUUUAUGAUGUCUGUCUUUCCUGAUCACACAUAGACCUGCUAUGUUUAAUAUAUGUGUGCAUAUAUUGACAAUGCUCUGCCCCUUCCCUUUCUCCAACUGGACUUUGGACAGAAUUAUUUGUCUUUGGUGCACUGGACCGACUACAGAGAACCACACAGCAUAUAUUUGAUGAGUGAACGUGUUGAUUUAUGCUCCAAUGUGUGUGUGUGUGUGUUUGUGUGUGUGUGUUGAAAUGGGAAUAUUUGUUCUGAUGAAAAAUGCAGAAAGUCAGCUGAAUUAAUAAUGGGAGGAAUUUCUGAUGCCGCUCAUCAUGGCCAAAUUAGCAUUUGUUGUGUAUUUUGUGCCUAAAUUGUAUUUCAACAUCAUUAAAAUUGAUAGAGUGCUA